CAUUGGUUUAAGCAAUGGUCUUCCAAAACUAAAGGGCUUUAUCUGUCUUAUAACAAGCUUCAUGGUCAUAUGCCUACACGCUUGUCAAAUAGUUCACAACUUCAAGUAUUGUCUUUCUCAUUUAAUGAGUUUGAUGGACCAAUACAUAGUGAAAUUGGAAGAUUGAGUAACUUGCAGCAAUUGUAUCUCGGAUUUAACCAUUUCAAAGGUAUAUUUUUAAUCUUUCGAAUGUUUGUAUCUAAUUGCUUCAGAAUUUUAUUUUAUUACACAGUAACUGCAGGGGUAAUUUCAGUUAUUGAAUUAAUUGAGGUAUCGAAGUUUGGUGUUAUUAGGCAUGGAGAGAAGCCAGAUUAAUCGAUCUGUUCAAAUCUAUUUAUCGUCGAUACACAUUCUUUUUCUCUUUUCUUUUAAUAGUUUCGUAUCACCAACAACAUGAAAGUUAAAAUUAUUAGUAGAUUCUUCCCACGGGAGAUUGACAAGUUAAACAAGAUGCAAUUCUUAUAUCCUAGCAAAAAUAGAUUGACCCAACUCACUAGUAGUCCACUAUAUGUGUUUCCAGGUGAAAUACCCAAAGAGAUAAGAAAUCACAUUGAGUUGGAGGUACUUAGUCUUGGAUUUAAUAGUUUUAGUGGUUCACUUCCAAUGGAGAUCUUCAACAUAUCCGGGCUGAGAGUGAUUUCUCUUACAAACAAUAAUCUAUCAGCCUCCCACCAAACAUGUGUUCUAUCUUGCCCAACAUUGAAGAUCUUUACUGAUGAACUAAACCAAUCUUAUUGGGACGAUUCCCCAUUCCAUGUCCAAUUGUUCCUGUUAUGAAUGGGCUGAAACCAAUCAUGGUGAAGCAGCCCAAUACCACAUUAAGUGGUUAUGUGUGGAAUACGGGUUAAUAAAUAGUACAUUCUAGGAAGAAUAGACUUAUGCAAAUUGGGAUAAUUGCUUAGGAAAAGACCAUGCUUCUCAUCCCCAAUUCUCUCUAGGCCUCUCACCCCCUUCUACUAUUAUUCCUCUUCUUUGUACUGUAAUUUCUCCUUUCCGUAUUAAUCAAAGUUGAUUAGUUUUGUUCACUUUGUAUAUGGGUUGUUGAGUUGAGAAUUUGGGUUCGUUACAUUGGUGCUUUCAUCCUGAGGUCUCUCAUGGAGGAUCAAAUACUCAAGUAUGUUGCGAAAUCUAUUCAUGGUGUUCAAGAGUCCAUUUCAAGUGAUCUCUCAGAAAUUCAUAAACUGGUUCAAGAGUUGGCUGGCCAGGUGAUAUCAUCGGGCACAUAGAAUCUAGUUCCGGAUAUGUCUGGUGGUCCAGCACUAGCUCCGCACACUCUUCGCCACAAACCAUCAAGGGUGGAAUUAGACCGUUUCCAUGGCAUCAAUCCAGAGGCGUGGAUUUUCCAAGAUGAAAGAUCUGAUUUUUCUUAUACUUUGGACGAUGAUCAUGCCCACCAUAUGUUCGAUAAAUUGGCAGUGAAGUCUGCAAUUAUAGAUUCCUUGACAUCAUUUACUGGAAAUGAUACUGAGAUUGAAACUCCUACUGACAUGGAGACACCACCAAUUGGCAAUGUAGAAUUAGUUCAAAUGGAUUUGGUACGUGGACCUUCAUCCAUUGUUGAAGAUCCGGUGUUCUACAAAAUUUCACACACAAUAGUGACCUCCGACAUUUAUGAUCUGAACAUUAUUUUCCAUGAGGGUGUACAUUUUGUGACCACAGUAGCCAAGGUGUCUGAUACUGAGGGAUUAGAUGUUGGAAUCCUCACUGAUGCAAUGACAUCUACUUUAAUACAACCAGAGGAGGUCCAACUAUUUGAAGCACACUCUUUCAGCAACCUGCCUAUGCCGGUCUCUAAUUUUGGCACUGGCCAAUUGAUGGAUGAAAUUUCUUCCACCAUCGCAGCUCGACCAGUGGCUUUAAUCAAGGAUGCAUCGUUGCAACAUAAAAUCGAAGACACUAAAUAUUCUACCCUCCAAGUGAAAAAGGAGACCUGGAACUCUGGUUUGAAUGACAACAACGAGGAAAACAUUGUGGCUUAUGAUCUGAAUUCUCCGUCUUUUGUUAUUACAGUUUGGGGUAUGAUGACAGAAAACAAGAGCCACAUUGAUUUGCCUGUUGCUUCUAUUUUCAUGGAUCCUGAGGUGACAUUUGAUUCACUUUUUAUUGAAAAUGUGCCCACUCCGAGUAUGUUGUGUUGUUUUAUGUUUGAUCUUGGAUUAGACGAACAUCCAUUCCAUGUUGCCAGGGUAGUUGGGAAUUCGCAUCCAAGAGAUACAUCUAGUUUCCUAGUUUCUUUUGCUGGCCAUUUGUUUCUAAUGUCAACAACGUCUGGGCAAUCUGCUGAUAUCAAAUUCUCAUUUGUUGGUGCCUUAUGGGAUUGUGUUUAUGUGAUUCCCUAUUUUCCAGUUAAUCCUAGUGCCAUAAUUUUUUUGGUACCCAUUCAUGUAAUGUCAUUGAACCUUUGUGUAUGGGAUCUGGGAAUCCAUUUUGAGUUCAGGGCAUUAACAGGUUAUGCAGUGGACGUAGAGGCACUACAAUCGCAGGGAUGCUCUGGCAAGUUUUUAUCAACCCCGUAUAUUAAUUAUAUGUCUAGAGUGUAGGAUUCCGAACAGUUUUGGUGUGUGAAUUCCUACAUCUUGCAAUCUAGUUAUGGAGAGAAUGUGGAGGAGCUACUGUUAUUGGAAUGUUUUGACAUGUUUUUCUUCAUUGCUUAUUCAAACUCUAUGAGUAGAGUAUGGGAUCCUGGGUAAGUAGGGUGUGUAAAUUCCUGUUGGUCCAAGGUGUUCUCUAUUGUCGAGAAUUGCAUUGCAAUCACAUGGAGUGAGAAGGGUAUUGCAGUUUCCAUUAGCCAUCUGUGUGUUGCUACUAGAAAAUAUGACAAAGGUCCCGUGUGUGGCUGUCAGUAGUGCUUCUACAUGUUUGGAUGAUAUACUUACUUGCAUUUCUCUUUUGGACACAUCUCACAUUAUUAUAUAUCUUUGCCACGUUAGUUAGCAGCUAAACAAGAAUGAUGCAACCACAUCUACAAAAAUCCAGGCUGCCAACCAAGUUAUAUCCUUGCUGCUUAUCUAUCUAACGGUACCCGAGGAUGCUCAUGCCUGCUUGAAUCUUGAGGACAAGGUUUUUAUUGGGGUCGGGGGUAUCGUUAUGAAUGGGACGAAACCAAUCAUGGUGAAGUAGCCCAAUACCACAUUAAGUGGUUAUGUGUGGGAUACGGGUUAAUAAAUAGUACAGUCUAGGAAGAAUAGACUUAUGCAAAUUGUGAUAAUUGCUUAGGCAAAGACUAUGCUUCUCAUCUCCAACUCUCUCUAGACCUCUCACCCCCUUCUACUAUUAUUCCUCUUCUUUGUACUGUAAUUUCUCCUUUCCGUAUUAGUCAAAGUUGAUUAGUUUUGUUCACUUUGUGUAUGGAUUGUUGAGUUGAGAAUUUGGGUUCAUUACAGUUCCAAACUCACUCUUCUAUAGCUUUCUAACAACCAACUCACUGGCUUGAUUCCCAAUUCUCUUGGAUAGUUGACUCAUCUACAGUUACUGAAUUUAAGGGGAAACAAUUUAACCAACGACUCAUCAUUAAGCUUCCUGACUUCCUUAACCAAUUGCAGAAAUUUAACAGUUCUUUAUCUAUAUUCCAACCCUCUAAAUGGCAUACUUCCAGCCUCCACGGGGAACCUUUCCACCUCUCUUAGAAAAUUUUACACCAACAGUUACAAAAUCAAAGGGUGAAUUCCAAAUGAAGUUGGGAACUUAAGCAGCUUAUUAGACCUUCAACUUUCUUGAAAUAACUUGGUCGGAUCGAUUCCAACAUCAAUUGGCAACUUGAGAAGCCUCCAGCGGUUGAACUUGAGUAAGAACAAUCUUACAGUAUUUAUUGGUGAUCAUAUAUGUAAAUUGCAGCAUCUGGGUGAUAUUUACUUGGAUCAAAAUCAACUUUCAGGAUCUCUUCCUAAUUGUUUAGGGAAUAUUACCUCCCUUAGGGAGAUACAUCUCAGUUCCAACAAAUUGAGUUCCAAUAUACCACCAAGCUUAGGGAACCUUCAAGAUCUAGUGGUUCUUGACUUAUCGUCAAACAACAUGGUAGGUUCUUUACCUCCAGAAAGUGGAAAUCUAAAGGCUGCGACACUAAUAGAUUUGUCAAUGAAUCAAUUUUCAAAUAGAACUCCAAGAGAAAUUGGAGGAUUGCAGAAUCUGGCACACCUUUCUUUGAGACAAAACAAUUUGCAAGGAGCUAUACCUGACUCAAUGAGCAACAUGGUAGGUUUGGAAUUCCUAGAUCUUUCUCAAAACAAUAUAUCUGGAAUCAUUCCUAAGUCUUUGGAGAAACUUCAAAACCUGAAGUAUUUCAAUGUUUCUUUCAACAAAUUGUAUGGUGAAAUACCCUCGGGAGGUCCUUUCAAGAACCUCUUGAGUCAGUUUUUCAUCUACAAUGAAGCAUUGUGUGGUUCUUCAAGAUUUAUUGUCCCGCCAUGCCCCACUUCAUCAAAGAACAGAUCAAAUAGGAAAAAAUUGCAAGUUCUUUUUCUUUUGCUCGCAAUUGCAGUUGUAUUUGUUACUAUGACCUUUGUGCUCCUAUGAAUAAGGUAUAGAAGAGGUAAAAGUGCUCCUCAACAAGCCGAGUCAUUGUCUACCGUAACACGAGAAAGAAUUUCAUACUAUGAACUGCUUCAAGCAAUGGAUGACCUUAGUGAGAGUAAUCUGAUUGGUUUUGGAGGUUUUGGCUCUGUUUACAAAGGUGUUCUUAGAAGUGGAACUGUCAUUGCAGUUAAAGUGUUCAACCUGCAACUGGAUGCAGCAUUCAAGAGUUUUGAUAUGGAAUGUGAAGUUUUGUGUAGCCUUCGUCAUAGGAAUCUUGUAAAAGUCAUUACAAGUUGUUCCAAUCUUGAUUUUAAGGCUUUAGUUCUUGAUUAUAUGCCUAAUGGGAGUCUUGAGAAGUAUUGUAUUCGCACAACUACUUCCUCGACAUCAAGCAGAGCCUAAGCAUAAUGAUAAAUGUGGCAAGUGCUUUGGAAUAUCUUCACCAUGGGUGCUCGUUGCCUUUGAUUCACUGUGAUGUGAAGCCUAGUAACGUCUUGCUGGAUGAAGAUAUGGUUUCCCACCUCAGCGACUUUGGCAUUUCAAAACUGCUUGGUGAAGAUCAGGGUGAUUUUUACACUAAAACCUUAGCAACAUUCGGGUAUAUUGCACCGGAGUAUGGACUGGAAGGACUGUGUCAACAAAGUGUGACGUCUAUGUUGCUGGAAACGUUUACUAGGAGAAAGCCUAAUGAGUUUGAGGGGGAUCUUAGCUUGAAACAAUGGGCGAGUUAUUCACUUCAAGAUAAUGUAAUGGAGGUCGUAGAUGCCAACUUGUUAACAUCAACUGGUAAUCGCUUAAAGAAGGAGCUAGAUGUUGUGGCAUCAAUCAUGAAAAGUUGCAUUAGAUUGUCAUAACGAAUCUGCAACAAGGACCAACAUGAAAGAUGUUGUAGGGAUGCUACAGAAGAUCAAGAUUCAACUUCUAGCAUGUUGAGCAUGUUGUUGGAAUCUAUCGUUCCAAAUAAUUUGUUUGCUGCAACUAUUUGAUUAGUUUUGUAUUCCUGUAAUAUUGCUUCUUUCUUUUUUGUUUUAGCACUUUAUUUGUGCAUGAUUCUGUUUUGAGACAUUCUAGCUGGUUGAAUAAAUCUCAC